AGAGGGGCGCGCGGCGGCCGCCUAGGCGCCCGGGGCCAGGCAGCGGCGGCGUCCCUGUCCCGGCUCGCUUCGCCUGCGCUUCUCUCCUUGUGGGCGGCGGCCCGGCGCCUGGAAGGUCAAGAUGGAAGAGAUCCUGAGGAAGCUGCAGAAGGAGGCGUCCGGUAGCAAGUACAAAGCCAUCAAGGAGAGCUGCACCUGGGCCCUGGAAACUUUGGGUGGUCUGGAUACCAUUGUCAAGAUCCCUCCACAUGUACUGAGGGAGAAAUGCCUGCUGCCUCUCCAGUUGGCUUUGGAAUCCAAGAAUGUGAAGCUGGCCCAACAUGCUUUGGCAGGGAUGCAGAAGCUUCUGUCGGAAGAGAGGUUUGUAUCCAUGGAAACAGACUCUGAUGAGAAGCAGCUGCUCAAUCAGAUCCUGAAUGCCGUGAAAGUGACGCCUUCGCUCAACGAGGACCUGCAGGUGGAAGUGAUGAAGGUUUUACUGUGCAUCACCUACACGCCGACAUUUGAUCUGAAUGGGAGUGCUGUGCUGAAGAUCGCAGAGGUGUGCAUUGAGACAUACAUAAGCAGCUGUCACCAGCGUAGCAUAAACACUGCUGUGCGGGCAACUCUCAGUCAAAUGCUGAGUGACUUGACUUUACAGUUACGGCAGAGACAGGAGAAUACGAUAAUUGAAAAUCCAGAUGUUCCACAGGAAUUCAGGAAUCAAGGGUCCACGGUGGAGUCCCUCUGUGAUGAUGUUGUCUCUGUACUCACCAUCCUGUGUGAGAAGCUGCAAGCCGCCAUCAAUGACAGUCAGCAGCUGCAGCUUCUCUACCUGGAGUGCAUCCUGUCUGUGCUCAGCAGCUCCUCCUCCUCCAUGCAUCUGCACAGGGGCUUCACGGACCUGAUCUGGAAAAGCCUCUGCCCUGCUCUCGUCGUGAUCCUGGGGAAUCCAAUACAUGAUAAAACCAUCACCUCUGCUCACAGCAGCAGCACCAGCACCAGCCUGGAAUCGGACUCUGCGUCUCCGGGAGUGUCGGACCAUGGCCGGGGAUCAGGCUGCUCCUGCACCGCACCGGCCCUGAGCGGGCCUGUGGCUCGGACUAUCUACUACAUCGCAGCUGAGUUGGUCCGGCUGGUGGGGUCUGUGGAUUCCAUGAAGCCCGUGCUCCAGUCCCUCUACCACCGAGUGCUGCUCUACCCCCCACCCCAGCACCGGGUGGAAGCCAUCAAAAUAAUGAAAGAGAUUCUCGGGAGCCCACAGCGUCUCUGUGACUUGGCAGGACCCAGCUCCACUGAACCAGAAUCCAGAAAAAGAUCAAUUUCAAAAAGAAAGUCUCAUCUGGAUCUCCUCAAACUCAUCAUGGAUGGCAUGACCGAAGCAUGCAUCAAAGGUGGCAUCGAAGCUUGCUAUGCGGCCGUGUCCUGUGUCUGCACCUUGCUAGGUGCCCUGGACGAGCUCAGCCAGGGGAAGGGCUUGAGCGAAGAUCAGGUACACCUGCUGCUUCUGCGCCUUGAGGAGCUGAAGGAUGGGGCUGAGUGGAGCCGAGAUUCCAUGGAGAUCAAUGAGGCCGACUUCCGCUGGCAGCGGCGAGUGCUGUCCUCAGAACACACGCCAUGGGAGUCAGGGAACGAGAGGAGCCUUGACAUCAGCAUCAGUGUCACCACAGACACAGGCCAGACCACGCUUGAGGGAGAGUUGGGUCAGACCACACCCGAGGACCACUCGGGAAACCACAAGAACAGUCUCAAGUCGCCAGCCAUCCCAGAGGGCAAGGAGACACUGAGCAAAGUAUUGGAACCAGAGGCAGUAGACCAGCCAGAUGUGGUACAGAGAAGCCACACGGUCCCUUACCCUGACAUAACUAACUUCCUGUCAGUAGACUGCAGGACAAGGUCCUACGGAUCUAGGUAUAGUGAGAGCAAUUUUAGCGUUGAUGACCAAGACCUUUCUAGGACAGAGUUUGAUUCCUGUGAUCAGUACUCAAUGGCAGCAGAAAAGGACUCGGGCAGGUCUGACGUGUCGGACAUAGGGUCGGAUAACUGUUCACUCGCUGAUGAAGAGCAGACCCCCCGGGACUGCCUGGGCCACCGGUCCCUGAGAACUGCUGCCCUGUCUCUAAAACUGCUAAAGAACCAGGAGGCGGAUCAGCACAGCACCAGGCUGUUCAUACAGUCCCUGGAAGGCCUCCUUCCUCGGCUUCUGGCUCUCUCCAGUGUAGAGGAGGUGGACACCGCUCUGCAGAACUUUGCCUCCACUUUCUGCUCAGGCAUGAUGCACUCUCCUGGCUUUGACGCAAACAGCAGCCUCAGCUUCCAGAUGCUGAUGAACGCGGACAGCCUCUACGCAGCUGCACACUACGCCCUGCUCCUCAACCUGAAGCUCUCCCAUGGCGACUACUACAGGAAGCGGCCGACCCUGUCGCCAGGCGUGAUGAAGGAGUUCAUGAAGCAGGUGCAGUCCAGCGGUGUGCUGAUGGUCUUCUCCCCGGCCUGGAUUGAGGAGCUCUACCAUCAGGUGCUCGACAGGAACAUGCUUGGAGAGGCUGGCUACUGGGGCAGCCCGGAAGAUAACAGCCUUCCCCUCAUCACAAUGCUGACCGAUAUUGAUGGCUUAGAGAGCAGUGCCAUUGGUGGCCAGCUGAUGUCCUCAGCUGCUACAGAGUCUCCUUUCACCCAGAGCAGGAGAAUUGAUGACUCCACAGUGGCAGGCGUGGCAUUUGCUCGCUAUAUUCUGGUGGGCUGCUGGAAGAACUUGAUAGAUACUUUAUCAACCCCACUAACUGGUCGAAUGGCAGGGAGCUCCAAAGGGCUGGCCUUCAUUCUGGGAGCUGAAGGCAUCAAAGAGCAGAACCAGAAGGAGCGGGACGCCAUCUGCAUGAGCCUCGACGGGCUGCGGAAAGCCGCACGGCUGAGCUGCGCACUAGGGGUUGCUGCUAACUGUGCCUCAGCCCUUGCCCAGAUGGCAGCUGCCUCCUGUGUCCAAGAAGAAAAAGAAGAGAGGGAGGCCCAAGAACCCAGUGAUGCCAUUGCACAAGUGAAACUAAAAGUGGAGCAGAAACUGGAGCAGAUUGGGAAGGUGCAGGGGGUGUGGCUGCACACUGCCCACGUCUUGUGCAUGGAAGCCAUCCUCAGCGUAGGCCUGGAGAUGGGAAGCCACAACCCGGACUGCUGGCCACACGUGUUCAGGGUGUGUGAGUACGUGGGCACCCUGGAGCACAACCACUUCAGCGACGGCGCCUCGCAGCCCCCUCUGACCAUCAGCCAGCCCCAGAAGGCCACUGGGAGCGCUGGCCUCCUUGGGGACCCUGAGUGUGAGGGCUCACCCCCUGAGCAGAGCCCAGAGCAGGGGUGCACCCUGAGCACGGCCCCCGUCGUGCAGCCCCUGUCCAUCCAGGACCUCGUCCGGGAAGGCAGCCGGGGCCGGGCCUCUAACUUCCGCGGUGGGAGCCUCAUGAGUGGGAGCAGCGCCGCCAAGGUGGUACUCACCCUAUCCACGCAGGCUGACAGGCUGUUUGAAGAUGCUACGGAUAAGUUGAACCUCAUGGCUCUGGGAGGUUUUCUUUACCAGCUGAAGAAAGCAUCACAGUCUCAGCUUUUCCAUUCUGUUACAGAUACAGUUGACUAUUCUCUAGCAAUGCCAGGAGAAGUUAAAUCCACUCAAGACCGCAAAAGCGCCCUCCACCUGUUCCGCCUGGGGGAUGCCAUGCUGAGGAUCGUGCGUAGCAAAGCACGGCCCCUGCUCCACGUGAUGCGCUGCUGGAGCCUCGUGGCCCCACACCUGGUGGAGGCUGCUUGCCAUAAGGAAAGACAUGUGUCUCAGAAGGCUGUUUCCUUCAUCCAUGACAUACUGACAGAGGUCCUCACUGACUGGAAUGAGCCACCUCAUUUUCACUUCAAUGAAUUACUCUUCCGACCUUUUGAGCGCAUUAUGCAGCUGGAGUUGUGUGAUGAGGAUGUCCAAGACCAGGUUGUCACAUCCAUUGGUGAGCUGGUUGAAGUGUGUUCCACGCAGAUCCAGUCCGGGUGGAGACCCUUGUUCAGUGCCCUGGAAACAGUGCACGGUGGGAACAAGUCAGAGGUGAAGGAGUACCUGGUUGGUGACUACUCCAUGGGAAAAGGCCAAGCUCCAGUGUUUGAUGUAUUUGAAGCUUUUCUCAAUACCGACAACAUCCAGGUCUUUGCUAAUGCAGCCACUAGCUACAUCAUGUGCCUUAUGAAGUUUGUCAAAGGACUGGGGGAGGUGGACUGUAAAGAGAUUGGAGACUGUGUCCCGGCACCCGGAGCGCCGUCCACAGACCUGUGCCUCCCAGCCCUGGACUACCUCAGGCGCUGCUCUCAGUUAUUGGCAAAAAUCUACAAAAUGCCCUUGAAGCCAAUAUUCCUUAGUGGGAGACUUGCCAGCUUGCCUCGAAGACUUCAAGAACAGUCAGCCAGCAGUGAGGAUGGAAUUGAAUCAGUCCUGUCUGAUUUUGAUGAUGACACCGGUCUGAUAGAAGUCUGGAUAAUCCUGCUGGAGCAGCUGACAGCGGCUGUGUCCAAUUGUCCACGGCAGCACCAACCACCAACUUUGGAUUUACUCUUUGAGCUAUUGAGAGAUGUGACCAAAACACCAGGACCAGGGUUCGGUAUCUAUGCAGUGGUUCACCUCCUCCUUCCUGUGAUGUCUCUGUGGCUCCGCCGUAGCCAUAAAGACCAUUCCUACUGGGAUGUGGCCUCUGCCAACUUCAAGCACGCUAUUGGACUGUCCUGUGAGCUGGUGGUGGAGCACAUUCAAAGCUUUCUACAUUCAGAUAUCAGGUACGAGAGCAUGAUCAAUACCAUGCUGAAGGAGCUCUUCGAGCUGCUGGUCGCCUGUGUGGCCAAGCCCACCGAAACUAUCUCCAGAGUGGGCUGCUCCUGUAUUAGAUAUGUCCUUGUGACAGCAGGCCCUGUGUUCACUGAGGAGAUGUGGAGGCUUGCCUGCUGUGCCCUGCAAGAUGCGUUCUCCGCCACACUCAAGCCAGUGAAGGACCUGCUGGGCUGCUUCCACAGUGGCACGGAGAGCUUCAGCGGGGAAGGCUGCCAGGUGCGGGUGGCAGCCCCAUCCUCCUCCCCAAGUGCCGAGGCCGAGUACUGGCGCAUUCGAGCCAUGGCCCAGCAGGUGUUUAUGCUGGACACUCAGUGCUCACCAAAGACGCCAAACAACUUUGACCACGCUCAGUCCUGCCAGCUCAUUAUUGAGCUGCCUCCUGAUGAAAAACCAAAUGGACACACCAAGAAAAGCGUGUCUUUCAGGGAAAUUGUGGUGAGCUUGCUGUCUCAUCAGGUCUUACUCCAGAACUUAUAUGACAUCUUGUUAGAAGAGUUCGUCAAAGGCCCCUCUCCUGGAGAGGAGAAGACGAUGCAAGUGCCGGAAGCCAAGCUGGCUGGCUUCCUCAGAUACAUCUCCAUGCAGAACUUGGCAGUCAUAUUCGACCUGCUGCUGGACUCUUACAGGACGGCCAGAGAGUUUGACACCAGCCCCGGGCUGAAGUGCCUGCUGAAGAAAGUGUCUGGCAUUGGGGGUGCCGCCAACCUCUACCGCCAGUCUGCCAUGAGCUUUAACAUCUAUUUCCACGCCCUGGUGUGUGCGGUCCUCACCAAUCAAGAAACCAUCACAGCCGAGCAAGUGAAGAAGGUCCUUUUUGAGGAGGACGAGAGAAGCACAGACUCUUCCCAGCAGUGUUCAUCCGAGGAUGAAGACAUCUUUGAGGAAACCGCCCAGGUCAGCCCCCCGAGAGGCAAGGAGAAGAGACAGUGGCGGGCACGGAUGCCCUUGCUCAGUGUCCAGCCCGUCAGCAACGCGGACUGGGUGUGGCUGGUCAAGAGGCUGCACAAGCUGUGCAUGGAACUGUGCAACAACUACAUCCAGAUGCACCUGGACCUGGAGAACUGCAUGGAGGAGCCUCCCAUCUUCAAGGGCGACCCGUUCUUCAUCCUGCCCUCCUUCCAGUCGGAGUCAUCCACCCCCUCCACCGGGGGCUUCUCUGGGAAAGAAACCCCUUCCGAGGACGACAGAAGCCAGCCCCGGGAGCACACAGGUGAGUCCCUGAGCCUGAAGGCCGGGGGUGGGGACCUGCUGCUGCCUCCCAGCCCCAAGGUGGAGAAGAAGGAUCCCAGCCGCAAGGAGGAGUGGUGGGAGAACGCAGGGAACAAAAUCUACAGCAUGGCGGCCGACAAGACCAUUUCAAAGCUGAUGACCGAAUACAAAAAGAGGAAACAGCAGCAAAACGUGCCUGCGUUCCCCAAAGACGUCAAAGUGGAGAAGAAAGGAGAGCCACUGGGCCCCAGGGGCCAGGACUCCCCGCUGCUUCAGCGUCCCCAGCACUUGAUGGAUCAAGGGCAAAUGCGGCAUUCCUUCAGCGCGGGCCCCGAGCUGCUGCGGCAGGACAAGAGGCCCCGCUCAGGCUCCACCGGGAGUUCCCUUAGUGUCUCGGUGAGAGACGCAGAAGCACAGAUCCAGGCGUGGACCAACAUGGUGCUAACAGUUCUCAAUCAGAUUCAGAUUCUCCCAGACCAAACCUUCACGGCCCUUCAGCCCGCAGUGUUCCCGUGCAUCAGUCAACUGACCUGCCACGUGACCGACAUCAGAGUUCGCCAGGCUGUGAGGGAGUGGCUGGGCCGAGUGGGCCGUGUCUAUGACAUCAUUGUGUAGCAGACUCCUGUUCCACUCCUCCCCGCAAAAAAACAGUAGUGAGGGUUAGAGUCUGCCUGCCAAUCCAACUGUUGCGUUUUCCCCACCACCAGCCCCACUUAAACUAGUGUCUCAGAGAACAGUGUUUCCCGGUGUAAAAAGCCUUUUCAACCACUUAUCAGCAUUGGGGCCAUUCUAGAUACUAACGUUGUAUCUAGAUGACACAAACGAUAUUCUGAUUUUGCACAUUAUUAUAGAAGAAUCUAUAAUCCUUGAUAUGUUUCUGACUCUUGAAGUAUAUUUCCCAGUGCUUUUGCUUACAAUGUUAUCCCCAGAUGAGUCAUUUUCAAGGAUUACGCCUUUGAAAACACCAUAUUGAUCCAUUUGAUCCAUCAUUUUAAAAAUAAAUACAAUUCCUAAGGCAAUAACUGCUGGUAAGUCAAGCUGAUAACGUAAACACUCAGACAUCUAAUACCAGGGAUUAUUAAAUGGAGGAAGAUGUAUGAUUAUGGGUUUGGCUGGGAAGAAGACAACCAUAAAAAUAUAUUCUUGGGUGUCAUAAUCAAGAAAGAGGUGACUUCUGUUGUAAAAUAAUCCAGAACACUUCAAAAUUAUUCCUAAAUCAUUAAGCUUUUCAGGUAUUUGCCAAUUUCCCCAUGUAAGGUACUGUUGUGCCUUUAUUUCUGUAUUUCUAAAAGCAGAAAGUUCUUUCCUAGCAGGGUUUGAAGUCUGUGGCUUCUCAGCCUGUGACACAGAGUACCCAGUGAAAGUGGCUGAUACAUACCUUGCCAAGAGACGUAAGACUGACCGGCCACCCUGGCUGUUCUUGUGGUGUUUGCUUCCGUCCCCAAGGCAAGCAAGGAAAGGAAAGAAACAUGGUGCCUUAGUCCUUUGUUGCACUUACAUUUCUAUGCCCACAAUUACCUGAACAUAAAGUAUAACAUUUGGUUUUUAAGAAAAUAAAACAUGAAAACACAACUCUUUUUCUGUCAACACUCUUGGGAGGAAAGGGACUCAGGGAAGGGAGCAGGGAGUGUGGGGUGGGGAGAGAUGAUGACUAAAUCAUUUUAAAUCUUGCAAUACAACAAUCUUACAGAAGUAUGGUGUCAGUUACACACGCUCCAGUCUCACAAAAUGAAAGUAAAGGAGAAAGACACGUUUAGAAAAUGUUGUCUAUUUAAAAAAUGUAUCCUAUUUAGCAAGUAAAGUUACCCUGUUUGAUGUCUUUUCAUUCAGACCAGUAUUUCAGGUGGCUAUUUCUAAGCAUUACUAGACAAAUAAUAUAUUUGAAAGCUUUUUAUCUUAUGAUUUACAGUAUUUUUUGUAUUUCUUACAUUAUCCUAAUGAUUGAAAAGUCCUCAAUCAAGCUUACACACAUUCUACAGAGCAGAGCUAGUUGUUAAGGCAUAUAUUAUCAUUUCUCAGCCCCUAAAAAUGUAUUCAUAAUCAGUAAGUCACCCUUUAAAUAUAAGACAUAAAUUCUACAGUAUUAAAAUAACUAUUUCAAAGGGAUUGAACUUUGUUCAGUGCUGGUAUUUGUAAACUUUGUCCUCCUUGAGAAAUAUGGAACUAACUUAGAGGUUAAGAGGAAGGCAGGGUUCUCUGACUUCUUCAGGUGAUCUGAAAAAAAGACCCUUAUCAUUCAGUGUGCCAUCUAGAGAUCACCACAGAAUCUGGGAGAUGCUUUUUUUUUUUUUCUUCCAGUUCCAGAAAACACCCUUUGCCUUCAGUUUUUACUCAUUAGACAAGAAUUCAAGUUUAGAAACAGGUAAUCAACUACUUGAUCUUAAAAGGCAAUUGUUGAGAUAGCAAUGAACUAUGUUGUAUACUUUUAAUUUUUUAUACUUUAUAAGUGAAAUUGAAAGUUGGGUAUCUGCUUUUUAAAAAUUUUCCAACAGAAUUAACACCACAGUUGUAUUGUUUCUUUUUAUAGCUUACCUGAGGUUCAGUUCUUCUUUAUGAACCUGUGAGUACUCCAUUUUACUGGGGGGAAAGGCUUCAGUAAAGCAGAGGCUAGAAUUACAGUAUUUAUACAUAGCAACUUUUCAUAAAGUAGAAAAAUUCAAAGGAAGCUGUCUCAAAUUCUGAAUACUGGUUGGGGGCAGUGGCUCAUGCCUGUAAUCCCAGCACUUUGGGAGGCCGAGGUGUGUGGGUCAAGACCAGCCUGGACAAUAUGGUGAAACCUCGUCUCUACUAAAAAUACAAAAAUUAGCCGGGCAUGGUAGCAGGCGCCUGUAAUCCAAGCAACUCAGGAGGCUGAGACAAGAGAAUCACUUGAACUUGGGAGGUGGAGGUUGCAGUGAGCCAAGAUCAGGCCAUUGCACUCCAGCCUGGGUGAUAAGAGUGAAACUCCAUCU